CCUUGCAUGUACCUAAUACAUCCUAUCGAGAUAGCCAUGGCCUCGUCCUUUGUUGAUGAUAUAUAGAUGGGUUCGAGAUACGGCAGUGGAGCACCGAAUAUCCAUGGGAUUUCCAGCGUUCGCAUACCAUUAACCAUGGAUAAACAAACACUUUUCCUCCCCAGCGUUUUUUCUCUAUUGAUCCCCGUGUACAAUUCGCAUGGGUUGGCGUAAAAUCAUGGACUUCAGUGCGAGUCGCCGUGGCCAACAUGCAGGACUCAGGAUCCCUAUCCCUAAGUCUUUCGUGCUCUAUGCGACUGUGAGUUUAUCCAUGGGCAUAGAAAACCCAGGAUCAUGCAUGUGUUUCGCCCACUCGCAUUAUAUACCACUUUACCUCACGUAAGAUGCACAGAGAGCAUGUAGAAACAAAUAUAUAUAAGAGCUCUAAGUAUCCUCGCAUCAGUCCAAGAUGUCAACACAGCAAGAUCAACAAUUUUCAAAUGGAGAGAUGAUCGUCUUCCGCGUGGGAGCACUACGGCAAAGAGAGGGCCUAGCCCAACUCAGAGAGUCAGACGAUCAGCCAUGGCUUCAGCGACUCCCAUUUCGCAAGAGCAGAUCCCCACCGACCAUCUUCCAUGACCGAUCAGGAGCAAGCUCAGCUCGGAUGCUCGAAUAUUUCACUUCAGUCGUCUAUAGACGAACAGUGAAAAAACACAUUUCUGCAGAGGCUGGCUACAGCAGAAUGGAUGGAGUGCGUGGGCAGGCACUGCCGGCACGCGUAGGGGAUCCAGAAGGGGCAGCCGCGUCGCGUUUUCAGCAGGACAUGGAGCAGGAUCAAGAUCAGGAUCAGGAGCAGGAGCAGGAGCAAAGAGUUACUUGGAAAUGUGACAGCGAGGAAGAAGCGGACGGGCACCCAGAGGAUGCUGGAGAAGGGGAUCAGCAGAUCACGCAGAGACUAGAGGCCAACUUCAUCAGCAAUGUUGCCGAGAAGGCGCAGGACAAUGACCUCGCCCUGCAACGUUCACCCGAUCUUCGAUUGUCGAUUGUCUCACGUCAAACAUCCGUUAUCGGCUCACACGCGUCCAACGGUGCUGUAAAGGUGCAAUUGAAGACUAAUCAGCGAACGUUGGCGUAG